CUGUCGUCCUCUCUAGGUAUUUUAUGUUUCUGUUCUGUGACUCCGGGUCGUGUUUUGGUCCGGAGGUGGCAGAAAGAUGACAGCCAGAAAGUCCGGGUCGCGAUUAGAGACUGAAAUAGAGCGCUGUCGAUCGGAGGGACAAUGGGACAAGAUACCCGAACUUGUGCGGCAGCUGUCCGUGAAGCUCAUCUCAAACGAUGAUCUCGGGGAACUCCUGCUGGGGGAGGCCAAACUCCAGCAGUACCUGAAGGAAAACCCCAUCAAGCAGGGAGCCAGUCCCCACAGGACCCGGCCACACCUCCAGGAGGUCCGGAAACACCUGACGGUUGCACUUGAUCGGGGAAACUUAAAGCCUGAAUACAUGCAGGAGGCCAGUCUGAUCAUGGCUAAGCUGUGUUAUGUGGAGGGUGAUUACAGGGAAGCAAUGAAUCAGUAUAGCCGAGUGAAUCUGGAAGAGCUGCAGCUAGUGGGUGCUCCGGUAUACAGACUCUCCAUGAUUGCAGAGGCCUAUGCCACCAAAGGUCUUUGCCUGGAGAAGGCAUCUGCAGCUUCCCCAUUGCUUUCCAAUCGAGACCGAGACCAGGAGAUCAUCACUUGUUAUGAGAAGUCUGGAGACAUUGCUUUGCUCUAUCUUCAGGAAGUUGAAAAGGCCCUCAGUGCUGGCAUUCAGAACCGCAGUCCAAAGCCCGGCCCAGUCACACAGGAACAGGAACUGGGCUACUUCCUGGAAACUGGACUUCAGAGGGCCCAUGUUAUCCUUUUCAAAAAAGGCCAUGUGUAUAAUGACUACUCUAACCUGACCCGCGGUGUUGGCCGCUUCCGAGAGAUUCUCAGAGCUGUUGAGACCAGGACCACUCAGAACCUUCGUAUGACUAUUGCCAGGCAGCUUGCAGAAAUCCUGCUGAGAGGCAUGUGUGAACAGAGUUACUGGAACCCCUUGGAAGACCCCCCUCACCACUCCCCCCUGGACGACCCGCUUAGACACACCGCUCAAAUCAAGGACUACGCCCUCAGCCGCCGCCCACGUAUCUACUCAGGAGAGAAUUUGUUUUGUCCACAGGAGAACACAGAGGAGGCCUUACUCCUGUUAUUAAUCAGUGAAUCUAUGGCUAACAGAGAUGCUGUAUUAAGCCGAAUCCCUGAGCACAAUAACGACCGAAUCAUCAGUCUGCAGAGUGCCUCGCUGGUGUACGACCUGUUGACCAUCGCUCUCGGCCGACGUGGACAGUACGAGAUGCUCUCAGAGUGUCUCGAGAGGGCCAUGAAGUUCGCCUUUGAAGAGUUCCAUCUCUGGUUCCAGCUCGCUCUCUCUCUUAUGGCUGCUGGGAAGUCGGCUCGAGCAGUGAAGGUGCUGAAGGAGUGUAUUAGACUGAAGCCGGACGAUCCCACUAUUCCUCUACUGGCUGUCAAGCUGUGUAUUGGAAACCUGCAUUGGCUGGAAGAGGGUGAGCGCUUUGCUAAAAUAGUGAUUGAUAUGGGUGAGAAGGCGGCUGAAUUCAGGGCUAAAGGGUAUCUGGCUAUCGGUCUGGUCUACAGUCUGAAAGCCACAGACGCAUCUCUUCGAGGAAUGCAGGAAGAGUAUCAGAAAAAAGCCCUGAGUGCUUUCCAGAGGGCACAGAGUCUAUCCCCCACUGACCAUCUGGCUGUUUUCUACCUGGCAUUGCAGCUGGCUGUAUCUCGACAGAUUCCAGAGGCUCUGGGUUAUGUACGACAAGCGUUACAACUGCAGGGGGAUGAUGUUCAUUCCCUGCACCUGCUGGCCUUGCUGCUGUCUGCUCAGAAACACUUCCACGAUGCUCUCAACAUCAUGGAGAUGGCCCUUAACGAAUACCCAGAGAACUUCAUUCUUCUGUUCACAAAGGUGAAGUUGGAGACGUUGUGUCGAGGCCCCGAAGAGGCUUUACUCACCUGCAAACGCAUGCUGCAGAUCUGGAAGUCCUGUUACAAUCUCACCAACCCUAGUGAUUCUGGGAGGGGGAGCAGUCUGUUAGACAGAGCUGUCGCUGACCGUCGCCAGCUGAACGCAAUGACGCUACCUGACUUCAGUGAUCCAGAAACAGCCUCUUACACCUCUUCUUCCAACUCGGGGUCAGAACCUGUCUCCCCUCUCUUUCCUCUUCCAUCCUUCUAUUCACCACCUCCACCCAAGACUGAAUCCAUCCAGAGGCGCAGCAGCCAUGCUUUCUGUGACCACGUUUCCUGCCGGCGCUUCUCCUCUACCAGUUCUGUCCAUGCCACCUCCAUUGCAGCCUCACGGGUGGAGCAGGCGCUGUCCGAGGUGGCCUCCUCCCUGCAGAGCAGCGCUCCAAAACAGGGACCCCUCCAUCCUUGGAUGAACCUCGCCCAGAUUUGGCUUCAUGCAGCGGAGGUGUAUGUUGGAAUGGGGAAGGCAGCGGAGGCGACAGCGUGUACGCAGGAAGCAGCCAACCUGUUCCCCAUGUCCCAUAAUGUGUUGUUUAUGAAGGGUCAGGUGGCAGAGCUGCGGGGGAACGUGGACGAGGCCAAGCGCUGGUACGAGGAGGCGCUGUCAAUCAGUCCCACCCACGUCAAGACCAUGCAGAGACUGGGUCUGAUAUUGCAUCAGUUGCAGAGGUACAGUCUUGCUGAGAAGAUCUUGCGUGAUGCGGUGCAGGUGAACAGCACGGCCCAUGAUGUGUGGAACAGUCUGGGUGAAGUUCUGCAGGCGCAGGGCAACGAUGCAGCAGCAACCGAAUGCUUCCUCACAGCCCUGGAGCUGGAGGCCAGCUGCCCCAUCUUACCCUUCACCAUCAUCCCCCGCUCUCUCUGAGGCACUCUGAGCCCUCACUACCCAUAUAACCUCUGUCUCAUAGACAUGCAUCAACUACAGCCCAUACACACAUACACACACCCUGAAAGACCUUGAAAUUACUCUGCUGUCCUGGAAUGCCUUUCUCACCCCUUGUGACAUCCCAAGACAGAGAGAAAGAGAGAGUGAGAGAACUUAUACCAACGGAUUUCAUAACCGUUAUCUUUUCUUUGUUGUUUUCUUCUCUUUCUCUUUUUAUCCACUUCCUUUCUUUUUUUCUGCUAAUAUAUUCUAUAUUUUCUAUUGCUUCUUUACACUCUAGUGGUGAAACCCACCCUUACCAACACCACCCCCUCUGGCACUCUCAUUGGCAUGUGGGGCCUUGUCAUUUUACUUUACUGUAAGAUUGGACCAAUGAGACGCCUGUAAAAGCUGUUGUCACAUUCAAGCAGGUGAUUGUCACAGAACUGUCAUCAAAUCACAGUGCUUCCUUCUUUUCCAAGACACCCUCAAAUCUACAUCCUUCAGAUUGUUGUGCGUGUGUGUUUGAGUAAAACACUGACACAGAGGUGGUCUUAAAGGGAUAGUUCACCCAAAAAUGAAAAUGAUCUCAUCAUUUACUCGCCCGCAUGCCAUCCCAGAUGUGUAUGACAUUCUUUCAUCUGCUGAACACAAAUUUUAUAAGAAUAUCUCAGCCCUGUAGGUCCAUACAAUGCAAGUGAAUGGAUGCCAACAUUUUGAAGCUCCAAAAUCCAGAUAAGGGCAACAUAAAAGGACUCCAGCUGACUCUGGUGGUUCAAUCCAUGUCUUCUGAAGCUAUAGGUGUGGGUGAGAAACCCACAAUAUUUAAGUCCUUUUUCCUUCAUUUUCUCCUUCUGUUGCAUUUUGCCUCCUACUGGCAGGGAGGAGAAUUUAUUAUUUAAAAAAAAUUAUGUAAACAUUGAUCUGUUUCUUACAUGCACCUAUCAUCUUGUGUCACAUGGAUUAAAACAUUGGAGUCAUAUGUUCCCUUUAUGUGGAUUUUGAAACUUUAAAAUGUUGGCAUCCAUUCACUACAGAGCUGAAAUAUUCUUCUAAAAAUCUUCAUUUGUGUUCUGCAGAUGAAAGUAAGUUUUACAGUCUACAUGAGUAAAUCAUGAGAUAAUUUUCAUUUAUGGGUGAAAUAUCCCUUUAACAUUCUGCCAAAGAUGUAUUUUUGUGUUCUACAAAGUCAUAUGUGUUUGGAACAACAUGAGGGUGAGUUAAUGAUCACACAAUGGUAAUGUUUGGGUGAAUCCUUGUGUUUAAGUGUGUUUGUCUGGAUUUAAGUGGAGAGAGUAUGUUUUUUUCUUUAUAUGUGCUUAUGGCUUGGUGUGUGUGUGUGUGUGUGUGUGUGUGUGUGUGUAUACACACUUUGAAUGGAAUGCUAUACUACAAACUGUUACAGUAGAUCCCUGUUAAACAAGUAAUAAAGGCUGUUUCUAUGCUGUUAUUCUUGAGGGCAGGUAUGUCACCCAUGCUAUGACUCACAGAGGCAUAUUAUGUCCCCUUCUAAAUUAAACGCUGUACUAUUUAUAUACUGUAUGUACAAAUGAAUCACAUAGAGCAAAUGGUAUGGAUACCAAAAGAACACAACUAAUCUAAAAAAAAAAAAUUUAACCUUGGUUCUUUUGUUAAAAGAGAAGAUAAAUAUAGUUUUGGAUUUUUCGUUUGUUUGUUUAUUUUUCCACUUGUGUCAUGAUUCAGAGGUCAGAUUUAUAUUGUUAAUUUAACAGAAACGUUUUAUAUUAGAUGUUUAUUUAUCUGUGUCUCAGUGGCUGUGUUAGAUGGGAAAAGACAUAUAUACAGUUGAAGUCAGAAGUGUACAUAUACCUUAGCCAAAUACAUUUAAACUUCAUUUUUCACAAUUCCUGACAUUUAAUUGUAGAAAACAUUCCCUGUCUCAGGUCAGUUAGGAUCACUACUUUAUUUUAAGAAUGUGAAAUGUCAGAAUAAUAGUAGAGAGAAUUAAUUAUUUCAGCUUUUAUUUCUUUCAUCACAUUCCCAGUGGGUCCGAACACAUGCAAUUUGUUAGUAUUUGGCAGCAUUCCCUUUAUAUUGUUUACCUUGGGUCAAACCUUUUGGGUUGCUUUCCACAAGCUUCUCACAAUACAUUGCUGGAAUUUUGGCCCAUUCCUCCAGACAGAACUGGUGUAACUGAGUCAGGUUUGUAGGCCUCCUUGCUCACACACACUUUUUCAGAUCUGCGCACAAAUCUUCUGUCGGAUUGAGGUCAGGGCUUUGUGAUGGCCACUCCAAUACCUUGACUUUGUUGUCCUUAAGCCAUUUGCCACAACUUUGGAGGUAUGUUUGGGGUCAUUGUCCAUUUGGAAGACCCAUUUGCGACCGAGCUUUAACUUCAAGGCUGAUGCCUUGAGAUGUUGCUUCAAUAUAUCCACAUAAUUUUCCUUCCUAAAGAUGGCAUCUAUUUUGUGAUGUUCACGAGUGCCUCCUGCAGCAAAGCACCCCACAACAUGAUGCUGCCACCCCCAUGCUUCACAGUUGGGAUGGUGUUCUUUUGGCUUGCAAGCCCUUUUUCCGGUAAACAGAAUGGUGGUCAUAAUGGCCAAACAGUUCAAUUUUCUUUCAUCAGACAAGAGAAAAAGUAAGAUCUUUGUCCUCAUGUCCACUUGCAAACUGAAGUCUGGCUUUUUUAUGGCGGUUUUGGAGCAGUGGCUUCUUCCUUACUGCGCAGCCUUUCAGGUUAUGUCAAUAUAUGAUUAGUUUUACUGUGGAUAUAGAUACUUGUCUACCGGUUUCCUCCAACAUCUUCACAAGGACUUUUGCUGUUGUUUUGGGAUUGAUUUGCACUUUUCAUACAAACUACAUUCAUCUCUAGGAGACCGAAUGCGUCUCCUUCAUGAGCGAUAUGAUGGCUGCAAUGUCCCAUGGUGUUUAUACGUAUUAUUGUUUGUACAGAUGAAUGUGGUACCUUCAGGCAUUUGAAAAUUGCUCCCAAGGAUGAACCAGUCUUGUGGAGGUCUACUAUUAUUUUUUUCUGAGGUCUUGCUGAUUUCUUUUGAUUUUCCCAUGAUAUCAAGCAAAGAGGCACUGAGUUUGAAGCUAGGCCAUAAAAUACAUCCACAGGUACACCUCCAAUUCUGUAAAGUCUUGACAUCCUUUUCUGGAAUUUUCCAAGCUGCUUAAAGGCACAGUUAACUUAGUGUAUGUAAACUUCUAACCCACUGUAUUUUAAUAUAGUCGAUUCAAUGUGAAACAAUCUGUCUGUAAACAAUUGUUGGAAAAAUUACUUGCAUCAUGCACAAAGUGGAUGUCCUAAACGACUUGCCAAAACUAUAGUUUGCUAAUAUUAAAUCUGUGGAUUGGUUAAAAACAUUUGUUUUAAUUACUUCAACCUAAGUGUAUGUAAACCUCUGACUUCAACUGUAUGUAUUCCAUGUAUAUAUGGUGUGUGUACCUGAGGGAAGAACAUGGAGGGUGUUUGACUGUUACAGGCCAAAUUUUCAUAUCAAAUUCAUACACUAUCUUUAUAAUUGUCAGAGGGACGUCAGACAUGUGAAAGUGAGAAAGAGAAAUGCUGUAUAUGUGUAUAUGUCUUACCAUGUCAUUCACAGUUGCAAACAACUGGAAAAGCUUUUAUGUUUAGUUUUAUGAU